UUUUUUUUACCUCAUAUCUCUCUUUACUCUCUCUACUUUGUGCUUCUUUUUACUUUCUUCUUCUUCUUCUCUUGCUUUGUGUGCUGAGUGAAGUGUGGCGACUUGAACUGCUGCACACCGGUGAAAUGUUCUUUGUUGAAAGCAGACAGACAGACUAUGUUGAAGCUCAGUGAGACGGCUUCAAGAGUUAGAAUCGAAGGUUUACUGUUAAGGUGUUCCUUAUCUCUUCUCACAAAAAUAAGUGUUUUACUUAUCAAUCUAGACAGAAAUAUUGUUGUCGCAAUAAUCGUGUUCUAUAAGAAUUGCUGACAUUGUGAGCUACUCAUAUUGUCGUAUAUAAGGCUAGUAUUAUAUUUUCGUACAUUGUCAGAUUUGGUGGGAGUUUCUUUGAUAAUCGUAAUAAUUUAUCCUGCUCACUACUCGACAUAUUUUGUAGGUACUGAACAUUCGUGAGAUGCCCCGACAAACUGAUUCUGUUUGUCCAGAUGACCAACCGUCUGUCCACGAAGCAUCCAAUUUGAAGGAUGUUGAAAAUACCUCAACCUCAGAACUAACCAAAAAGUCUAACCAUCAUUCGAAAAAAACUACAGUGAAUGGUUCCUCAGGCGAAAAAGAAAGACGUUCAAAAGCAAAGCAUACAAAAAAUCAUAGUGAAUCCUUAAGUCUUGUCGAUUCCAAAUUGCCCUCAGACGUAAUCCAGUCGGAUAGUGGAAGUAAAGGAGAAUCGCUCGAUAAAGAAGCUAUAAUUGAUCAAUACAAACGUGACCAUAGCAAGAAAAAAAGAAAACAUUCAAAGAAUGAAUCCAAACAUGAAAAGCAUAGCAAGCGUGAUGAAUUUAACUCUGAAUUAACAGCGGAUGCGUCACCUGUCAAAGAAUCUCCUCGCAAACAGAAGCAUCGAGAUAAAUCACACAGAGCAAGUAGUGUAUCAAAGGCUUCAGCAACAGAUGAAAAGCCUCAUCACUCUACAAAACCAGUCGUUCGUGAGGACGCUAGUCGUAAGGUUGCUAGAGAGAAAAGCUAUGAAGUGGAUAUGCGUGUGCAUUCUGCUUAUGAAUCUGUUCCAAACACACCGUCAUCAGCUUCUACAUGUUCCUCAGAUGCUUCAGAAUCUUCAUAUAGUCAGUCGUCAUUUAGCCCCAGAAAGCAUAAGAAACGUCUGGUUCAUGAUGAGCAUUCUAAUGAAAAGUCAUAUAAACAGAAACACAAUAAAAAUAGUCGAUCCCCCUCAACGCAUUUUAAUCGUGAUCGUAAAACUGACUCUUCACGGCUUACAAAUAAUCACCAAGAUACUAAACUUGAAGGAAAUUCUGCUACAGCGAAAAGAGCUCGUCAGUCUGUCAGUCCACCCUCAAAGUCAAAGAAAAAAGAUUCAGCUUCUUUAAGUUAUGGGUAUCGUCAAUCAACACAGCGUCGCCAUAUAUCUCCACGUCGUAGAUCUCGUUCGAAACGUCGCGCUUCAUAUAGGGAAAGAAGUAGCGAUUCUGAAAGAUACGAAUCUCGAAAAACACAUCGUCCAGAUGAAAAGAAGUAUAGCCAUUCACGCUCACAUCCUUCUAAAAGGAAGUCCAGAUACUAUAGUCCUGAUGACCGCAAUGAUAUGCGUAAAAGUCGUUAUCUAAAACGUCAUGAUCGUCGUCCUACACGAGACUCACAUAGCACCAGAAGGCGCAGUAGCGGAAGCCAUCAAUAUGAUUUACAUGAAGAUGUUGAGUCGUUAUCACCAUCGCCUAAAGGUUCAAAACGAACUGAUGCAAAUAUUGGAUCUCGGCAGCUUUCGACACGGCGGCAAGUAGCCAAAAGUCAAUCAGAUGUGCAUAUUUCUCCAGCUCAAAAGCGAGAUGCACGAGGAGGUACGUAUGAAGUUCUAGAUCCGGAAAGUACAAAUCCAAAACCUGCAAAUACUGCAUCAAUCCAUUCGGAGUCCACUCAUCGUUUGUCAGAGUCGCCUCCUAUUCUUUAUAUUUCUAAUGAUACCGAACAGAAGAUACAGGCUCUUUGUGAAUUCUUAGAUGAACUAAAGUGCGAAGAUGUUUCAGAUACUGAGUUAGAUUCAUUACUUCCAUCAUCUAUAAUUAAUUUUUCACCCGAAAUUAACGAAACAACAGAUAAAUCUGAGUUAUCAAGUUAUAAUUAUACUAUUAAUAAUAAUUAUCCAAAUUCAGUGCAGUUAUAUACCGAAGAAGCUGAAAAAGAUGGUAACAUUCUUCAAAGCAAAUCAGAUGUUACGAUCACUGUGGAUACUUUAGAGACCUUGUCGACGCAGAUCAGGCAACAAAUGUCAGGUCCAGAAAAUUGGGACAUAAAUGAUUUAAGUGAUCCUAUUGAGCUUGAAGGAGAGCAUUCAGCAAAUGCAAUUGAUCAGUCUGAAAUCAAUAUGUUAGGAUCAACAAAAUCGGAUGAUAAUCUAUAUACACUGUGGCAAGAAUUAAUCGAAUCAGCUGCACAAAAAUCGAUUUCAGUAGACAGUAAAUUAGAUGAACAAGACUAUGUUCAAUGUGUUGGAGCUUAUAUCUCUGGCAUAGGGCAUCGGGAUAUUAUCCCAUUACGGAAGCGCUCUAGUGGUCUCGAAUUAUUGCGAAACACAGGGAUUAGUCGAACAUACUUUGGGAAUGAUUUACUUAAACAUUUAACAAUAAAUAAUUCAAAUGAAGAGUCUAGUGAGAACAACGAAUGUGGUACAAAUGAAUUUCCAGAUACAUGGGCUAACAGUAAUCGUGAGAAUGCAUUCAUUGGCUCCGGAAUUUUGGAUGUGUUAUCAAAAUUAGUCUUGCCUUUAUCACGUAAAACAGAUGGUUACUUACGUCAAAAUUUAGUGAAAACUGUCAAAUGUACAUAA